CCAUCCAUUUUCUAGCCUGAAAUGGGGGGCGGGGGGGGGCCCGCAGUGCGACAGUGAAACGUAGACAAAUUCGGAAAACAACUCCCUUCCACACUCAGCGCCCCGGAGGAAAUACUGACCUCCUCGUAAAAAGGUCGCGGUUAGGCGGGUAGCCUGCAGGGGAGGGGAACCCAGAGAUCCAAAGUAGUUUGGAAAGCAUCCUGGUCUGGUGUCUGAGGCCUGAAAAGACUGCGUGUCUGUUCCCAGCACUCUGCAAGACUAGAAAAGGAGAAGGAACCUGUCCAGAAUCCCUGCAGGACAAGAAAAGGAGGGAAAAUCUCAACAUGGAAAAACUCUGCAAGGAAAAUGAAGGAAAGCCGGAAAGUGAGGGAAAGCCAGAGGAUGAAGUAGAGCCUGACAAUGAAGGAAAGUCGGAUGAGGAAGAAAAACCAGAAGUGGAGGGGAAGUCAGCACAUGAGGGAAAGCUCCAGAACGAGGGGCAACCAGAAGAUGAGGGGAAACCAGAAGACGAGGGGAAGCAAGAGAAGCAGGGCAAGUCCGCAGAUGAGGGAAAACCACCGGGCGAGGGCACGAUGGAGUCCCAGGCAAAGCCAGAGAGUGAGCCACGGGCUGCCGAAAAGCGCCCUGCUGAAGAUUACGUACCCCGGAAAGCCAAAAGGAAAACAGACAGGGUGACAGAGGAUUCCCCCAAGGACUAUGAGGAGGACUUACAGGAAAGGCAUUUGGGCAGUGAGGAGAUGAUGAGAGAAGGUGGAGACCUGUCCAGGGCUCAGGAAGAGCUAAGGAAAAGACAGAAAAUGGGUGGUUUUCAUUGGAUGCAAAGAGAUGUACAGGAUCCAUUCACCCCAAGGGGGCAACGGGGUGUCAGGGGAAUGAGGGGCGGAGGUAGGAGCCAAAGGGGCUUACAUGAUAUCCCCUAUCUUUAAUGCCUUUGGCCUUCAAUUCUGAUUCUCUGAUGAGAAUGUCACUGACCCUGCUUUCCCUGGCAGGCAUUUGCCAGGCUGUGUGCUUUAACUGUAAGCUGAUGCUUUGCUUUAGGUGUCACUUGUUACCAGCAGCCUUUCGGUCCAACUACAGUGCUGUCUGUGUUUCAGUAGGGGUUUUUCACCCGUGUGCAUGAAAGAGAUGUCCAUGGUACACUGUAAGAUAACAAUAAAGAAAAAAAUAGUUUUCAGAACCGAA